GGAUCAGGAACUUUCUCUGUAAAGUACUCAAGCAGGAAUAUGCCAAAGGGAUAUAGUUUUUUUCAAAACAAGGACUCGUGGGUUCAGUUCUCAGGAUUUCACACCGAUUUACACCAUCAUAAGGACAAAUCUUUGGUAUCCAUUUCAGAUGAACCAGACACGUUAUACAAGAAAUUAUCAGUUUUAGUUAAAGGUCAUGAUAAAACUGUGUUGGACAGUUAUGAAUAUUUUGCAGUGCUUGCUGCUAAAGAACUUGGUAUCUUCAUUGAAAAAGUACAUGAACCUCCCAGGAAGAUAGAACGAUUCACCCUUCUAAAGUCAAUACAUAUUUUCAAGAAGCACAGAGUUCAGUAUGAAAUGAGGACACAUUAUAGAUGUCUGGAGUUAAAACAUUUAACUGGCAGUACAGCUGAUGUCUAUUUGGAGUACAUCCAAAGAAAUUUACCAGAAGGGGUUGCCAUGGAAAUAAAAAAGACCAAAUUAGAGAAGCUACCUGAACAUAUUCAGAAGCCAGUUUGGGACAAGCUACCUUCGGUAGAAGAAACUGCAAGCACAUCAUGAGCUGUUCAUGUACUAAAGCUCUUCUAUGCCUGUUAACAUCAGUUCAGUCUCUGCCUGUUCAUAUUUAAAAAACACAGCAUCUUAACAGGCCCUCAAUCCAAUGUCAAACCCUGUCUUAAUUUUUUUACAAAGUGAGCAUGAGACAGGUCUCUUGCUUCCCUAAUUAUCAGCAAGUGUGGAUCCCAGCCCAUUAGCAGAAAGACUGAAGUGCUGUGAAAAUGUUUUGACUAUCUUUUUCUUUGUUCAAAGUCCUAUGUAGCCAAAAUGAUUAAUUUAAAAUGAACAGUAAUAGUUUAUUUGUGCAUAAACAACACAGGAUUUAUGAAUGUACUGUCACUGAGGUUGCUAUGUGAAGCACAUAUCUUGAAGUUCUUGCAUGACUCAAAGUAUUUUUUGCUGGGGUAGUCUACUGAAAAAAGGAUGGCAAGAAAGGGACCCAAGGUCAGACACAAACUUGGGUGGAACAGGGGUUGGAGCACAGUCCUCUUGAAGGUCCAGGCUCACCACUGAACCAGGGAAAAAACUUGGAUCAAGCCUAUCUCAUUCCCUGCUUUGCCUCUGCUGCUCCAACAGGAACACUUUGAUCCACCAGCCCCCACAGCAGCAGAUCCUGCAUCCCAUGAUAGCCAGUCUGCCUGCCCCUAAAUUCAGAAAGCUGUUGGUUAGAGGUAACUCAGUAGAGGUCAAAUUCAGGGAGAGUGAUAGUCAGUUGGAGUAGGGCUGUGCUGUACCUAAUGGCCUGGCUUUCUCCUGGGAUGCUCUGGUCCUUAUUUUGAAACUGACAUGCUGUGGGGGAGGAAGGCAGGUCAGGGUCAAUGGCCAGAUGCACUUGCUGUGCAAAUGAGCCCAUCCCCAACCCCAGGGGCAUUGUGCUUAGGGGACUAUGAUUCUGUAACCACAGAGCUUUUGAAGGAGAUUGGUGCACCUAGGACAAUAUGCGAAUCCUGCAGGUCACAGCUUAUCACUCUCUCUCUAACUUGGGACCCUGUUCAGUGCUGGGGCUGGUCCCAUCCUUCCUGAGCCCCUGAUCCAUGCACAGCUCAGCAGGCAGGAGACAAGACUGCUUCCCUACCCCCCAACUCUAAAAUCUGUGUGGGAUGAAGGGAGAAGCUGAGAGGACAUUCUUCUAGGUGUAUCGGUGCAUUUAGAAAAGACUGGCUGAUUCCCUGGGCAGCCUCCUGCUACUCUUAAGACAGAAUAGGUGACUCUUCUCUGAGAACCCUCCUCUGGUUCUCAAGGCAUGGGACCCUCUGGGUAUUGCUCAAUUAAAUCAGGCAGAUGUCUUGCUUGAAGUUUCAAUUCCUUCCCCCCUCCCUGAAGGAGGAAGAGCCCAACAUUGCAUGAGACUUUCCAGA